AACCAUUCCAAGCAAAAGUCCCCAAUAAAAUAUUUAGAAAUGUAAAUUUAUUCCAAAUUCAAAAUUCAAAAUUCAUGUGACCGAUAUCAUUGAAAGCUGAAAUGGAUCCCGCGGAAUCCAGCUGCAUCUGCCAGCGGCAUCCCUGCGGCCAGAACCAGAGUGGAACGGAGACCGCGACCGAGUGUGGCAUCCUGGCCAGGGGGCAGCGAUUCUAUGCAAGCCUAGACUGGGAAAUGCUCACAAUCGGCGUCAUGCUGCUGAUCAUCCUGCUUCUGAUGCUGGCGGGACUGUACCUAGUGCGGAAGCAUCAUCACAAACUGUGCUAUGGCGGCGGCGGCUGUAUUGCGACGGGGUUCUGGACGCACGACGAGGGCCCGAAUCGGUGAUAGGAUUCGGCCUUCUGUUCUAUAUCUGAGCGCAGUUUAAUUGAAGUUUGGCAAUAAAUUGAGCUAGCUUCGUUCCCUGGGCAUGCUGCCAGAACCAUUUGCCAUUUUUACACCAUUUGCACGCUGUCAAAGAGCAGACCGCAGGGCAAUUCCCGGAGACUCCGGCACCUUUACCUUUGCCUUUACCUUUACCUAAUUAGGCCGCCGGCAGUUCGGCUGUAGGUUGCAGGUUGUGGGUUGUAAUCGUCUCUUUUUUGGGCGCUGCCAAUCAUCAAGCUGUUUAAAUAAUAA